AUGAUGCUGCGCACGCAUGCUCGCCUCCCCGCCCGAUGGCCGACAGCGCUGGCGAAAGCCUCUCGUAGUUCACCUGCUUCGGAUGCGUGGGUGCCUAGUUGGAAUGCGUUCUUCGAUGAGCUACAGUUGCAAGAGGACUUGGACAGAGGCGGCGCUGACAAAGCAAGCAACGCGAGAUCUGGCGCAGUCCCAGCGCCGCUACUUCGGUCUAUUGCACAGCAUUGGGUAGAUCAAACACUCCUUACGGUGGCAUCCGCCCGUCUCGCCGAGGUGUACCCGCCUGCGCGCGCGAACAUUUUGAGAGGGGUGUGCGAGGCUGCAGAGUCACCUCUGUCAUCUUUGUCGUCGCCAGUGGCGCCGUUGGGGGGACUGGAGUUGCUGCUGGCCACGUGGAGUGCGCACAUGCUGCUUUCCGUACUUCACACACCGCAUCAGGCGUCGGCCGCCGCAUCCUCACAUCGAAUUCGGAGCUGCAGGUAUACAGCGCCUGACACCGUCAGCACAGCACUGGCGGACUGCCUGGAAAAGGAUGUUGCCCCUGUUCUCCACUACCUGACCACAUUUGCAACUCCACCGAUCCCCACGCCUGCGAUACAUCAUCAUCAUCGCUUGUGUGCACCAACACACGCUUUGCGUCAUGCACUGGUGCUCCUCCUAGCCAGCUUCGUGACGACGUGGGGUGAGGCGCCGCCCAAUAAAACACCAUCGUCUACAAGGGUGAGUACGUUGACAAGGCAGGAGCGUGCUCUGGCACUAGAACUUUGCCGUUGUAUUGCUGCGUUUAAUGGGGACGAUACGGCAGUGGAGAGCAUCCUGAGAAGAGAACACCGAGGCGAUCUCAGUGCACAAGCUCACUCGCGCGGUGCUCGAGCAGAGGCGACAGGGUUGCCUACCACCUCGCUAGAGGCAGUAACAGAGGCGCAGUUUGCGCUUGUAAAGGCUGCCCUUUCGGAUAUGCUAACCCCUGAAGACCACAGUGACGGCAGCGUGGCAAGCACUCCUGUUCACGCGAGAGACGCUGAAGCAGGUAAUGGUCCUCUGUGGAAGGCAUGCAAGGUGUGGAUUGCUGAUGCCCUUGAUCAGCAGAAGCAGCAGCAGCAACACCGCGCAUCAUCGGACACUAAACCUCGCGUCCCCCGCAGCGCCUUCGUCACCGCAGCGGGUGCCGGUGCGGUCUCACCAUCUUCACCCUUUGCCGGCAUCACCGGGGUGCACAGGGAAGAGGAGGAAGCUGCUGACGUUCUCGACCGGGUGAACGAUCAACUCAACCAGGUGGCCCGCAGUAGCACCGUGAACAUUAAUGUCUGA